UUAUGUGUUCUUCUGUCUGUAAAAGGCAACAACAAAUGAAAUUGUGAUAAUUUUUUGCUUUUGUUUUUAUAGUAUCUCAAUCAGUGUAAUGAAAGUUAAUCAGUAUUGAAACAAUGUAUUUUUAAUCGUGAUUCUGUCUCAUGCUCGUUAUAUUUUUGAUUGAAUUUAUGUGAAAAUAACAAACAGGGGAAAUCAAAGUGAAACCACCAAACAAAGGGUGUAGUCAUUAAGAUGCCAUUGAUUAGUGAGGUGAUUAAAGAGUUAAUCAAUAACACAACAACUAGUGAUCAGUUGGAGUUUACUGAUAUCAGCAGAUUGUACACAGAUUCAGUGUUGAUCGCAUCAAACAUUGACAGUGGAAAAUCAGUUGAUCAAUUGGUUAAAUUGGGUAUUAAAACCAAAACUUGGUGUUGGGUUCUUCAAGGAAUAAUAAAGAGAUGGACAGUGAGAGAAGAGGAAAUAAAGCUUUUGACACCGCAAGUGGAAACAAUUCUGCAAGUAAUUAAAAGGUUAACCGAAACUUUUAAGCCCAGUACUCUGGUUCUCAGUGUUAAUAUCUCUAAACCGGACGCUUCAGGUUUGCUUGGUACUACAUCUACUAUCACUAGUGUUUCCGGGUCAUCGAUGAAUGAAGAGCAAGUAAUACGGGAGGAAAUUUGUGAGAUGUCUUCUAGCAAUAAUAAUAAUGCUUCUCUAAACAAUAAUAAUGAUUCUACAACAACAGACGAAAGUAAAGUAUUGCGAAAGAAAAGGCCUCCAACUCCGCCAAAGAAGCCUAAAAUUAACCGAAAUGCUUUACCGGGAUAUCCAUUCCAAAGUGGAUUUAACUCAAAUUUACCUACUGGCACAUCGACAUCAUCAAGAGCACCUUUACCAUUACCUGGUAGUGGAGUUGAGUUGAGACAAGAACCUGGUAGAUCAGGAAUAAUUGAAAGAGCUCAUAAGUUACAACAUCAAAGUCGCUCCACGGACUCUUAUGGCUCCAUUAACAAGCCCUCUCUCAUUGAAAGUAUGAAUGACAUGAGAGUUUCUUCAAGUGACAAAAUAAGUGAACCACUUUCUGAUAAUAUUAGUGUCCGAAGUUUCCCAUUCUCAAGUCGUGAUUCCCUCAAUCGUGUCGGUCGUUCCAGUCAAAAUCAAAGCCCAACAGCGACGUAUUCUAGGGGAUUCUUUGGAACGACUAACAACUCGAUUACCUCGAAUAACGUCAACAGUGGCAAUAUUAGUGAAUAUCAUCAUAAUCAAUGUAUAAUUUCCAAACCAGGCCAAAUCGUCCAUAUAAGUGAUAAAGCCAACAGAGGAAGUAGAGAAGAGAAUCUUUCCUCUCUUGGAACAAGCAAUGAUUCAUUAGAGCAUCAUGAUAGUGGAAGUGUCUCUGAUUCAGGAGCUAAAAGUGAAGUGUUCAGUGGUGUUAUUAGCUCUCGUGAGAGCAAUGAUCAUAUGGUAACAAGGAAUAUAACCGUUGGUGAUAAUUAUGAUGACAAGCAGAGUGUCGACAAUACCGAUGACGAUGGUGUUGGUGAAACGGAAGAUGAAGAGCCUGAAGAAGAGGAAGAUGAAGAUGAAGAUGAAAACGGUUUUAAUGGAGAAAAUCAUAGAAUUAAAUCAAUGAUCUUUGCUCAUCAUCAUCAAGAAGUUGAUGAAGAUCUUUAUGAUGAGCCGCCAAAGUCUGAUGGAAAACCUGAAGAUAAUUUCGAACAUGAUGAGGGACCAGGAGAGGAAGAAAAAGAAAGAGUUGAAGAGAUAGAUGAUGAUGAAGACGAAGAAGCGAUUUAUGAUACUGUUGCUCCUGAUGAAGCUUCGAUUGAUGAUAAUCAUUCAAAUGAUGAUGAUUAUGAAACAGCCGAAUGUCCAACUCGCCCAGGCUACCAUUUAGGUCGAGAUUCAUCCAUGACCAACUUGAAUAACCUAAAAUCUUACGGUGAAGUUAAUUCAUUUGCAAAUUAUGUGAAUAUUGAUUAUUUCUUGAGAAGAGAGGAAACUUCAUCUAAGAAUGAUUCAGAUGACAAUGAAACUCAAAUGUCACACUCAAUGUCCAGUGAUCAUGAUCUUGAUAUCGACGAUUCUCUCCCAAGUGUACCAAUUGUUGGUGUUAGUGGAAUGAGCAGUAGUGUCGGUGGUUCCAUUAGUGCUCUAGAAGUGGACAGAACCUCGACCAUGAGAUCCAGUCAAACAACUUACGAUGAAGUGUUUGAACCAACAACAACCGACAGCGAACCAGAAAACUAUUACGGUAUCAGUGAUACAGAGCAUAACAAUACAUUGGAUUCACAAGAAUCAGAGAGCGGCCAACAGGAUAGUUUGGAUUAUGACGAAGAGGAAAUCAAAGCUGAAGCUGAACGAUCUUCUAUGUAUAAAUGCAUUCUAUUCAGUAUAGUUGAUAGUGAGACAGUUUAUGUUGAUUGUCUCAAUACAUUAAUUCAGUAUAAAAAAGCACUUAAAUCGACGACAGAAAGUGCUCAUCCACUUCUUUCUUCAAACGAUUUGGACGCAAUAUUUCAUAAGAUCAAUGAUUUAUAUACAAUUCACAGUAAUUUUCUAGACGGUGUUAAAAAAUUAGCUUCUCAAUUGAAACAACAAUUACAACAAGGACAACAAUCACUGCAAUCUCAACAAUCACUUUCCCUGAGCUCAAAUUUACCCACACUUGGUGAUCUUUUCAAAGUACUGGCUAGUCGAUUAGGAGCGUAUAGCGCGUACCUGAAAAACUAUUCGAUGGCUUUGGAAACAGUUCAACGAUGUACAUCAGCUAAUAAUCAAUUCGCCGAAAUUACUCGGGCAAUAAAACUCAGUUCAAUGAAAGGUCAAUCAACAACUCUUGAAGAACUUCUUCACAAACCUGUGGCGCGAGUUCAAAAAAAUGCACUAAUACUUCAUGAUCUUUUGAAAUAUACACCAGAGAAUAGCCAAGAAUACAAAUCCCUGAAGACAGCAUUGAAAAUGACUCAAUGUUUCCUAAAUGAGCUUAAUAUUGCUGCAACUGAGCAAAUGUUUCCGAUUCAAGAUAAAACUCAACGUCGUCUGGUCAAGGAAAGUUUCAUUAUCGAAGCGCCUGAAGGCAGAAGGAAACUUCGUCAUUUAUUCCUAUUUAAUGAUACAAUUGUAUGCGCUAAGUACAAACCAUCCACAAGACAAAAAUUCACCUUCGAUGUUAAAUGGUACGCACUUCUUUGUGAUAUUACACUUCCGGAUGCUGAAGAUAUAAACACAAUUGGAAUUAAAGAGAAAGAACUUAGUGCCGAGAUAAGAAAUUUACGAUCCAAAGUUAGCAGUAUUCGUGAUGCUAUCAUUAAAGAGAAAAGUAGAAACAACAGUAAACUAUUGGAGAAACUGAAAAAGAAACAAGCUGAACACGAAGGACAAUUGGUCUUAAUAUUACCUCAGCUUCCAUUUUUGAUUACCCAUAAAAGUGGAAAGAAUUAUACUUUUUACUUAUCAUCGGAGUUCGAGCGAACUCAAUGGAUAGAGUCGAUAAGAGUUUUACAACAAUCAGCCGGAUCAUCUCAUGAUACAGUUAACUUUAGUGAGCUUCAAGCUUGGAUUGAAACAUGUCGCAAAGGACUAAAUCCAAGCCUAGGCUCGUUCUUGAUGCGUUCAAGUAAAGAUGAAGAUCUACUUCAUGGUGAUCUUUAUCUGACGAUCGGAAUUCUGCAAGGAAUCCUUCAGACAACAGAAUUGUUCAUUAUCAUUGAGAUCGACAAUUAUGGGCACUUCUUCCAAAAAGCAAAUACCAAAGUUCUCAGAGGUUCUCAUGAAUUACAUUUCAAUCAGGAUUUUACUCUCGAUCUUGAUGGCUCAUCGACACUUCGCUGUAUUCUAUAUGAAGAAAUUCCAAGCCAAACAAAGCCCUUACUUAGAGGAAAAGUGACCCUUGAAUUGGGCAGAUCUUGGUUGAAAGAUAGAUACAUUACCAAGGAAUUAAUAUUUUCUGAUUGUAAAUUGUCCAUAAACUUAAAGUUCAUCUCCUCAGAAGUGAGCACCAUGAGAUUCCCUGCCGGUAAAGUUUACGGAGCAUUUGGUGUACCCAUAAGCCAAGUAACAAAGAAAGAAAAAAGCACAAUUCCAUUUUUAAUCGUUGGCUGUGUAAAGGAAGUUGAAAGGCGAGGGGUCAAAGAGGUCGGAAUAUAUCGAGUAUCCGGUUUAUCUUCGGACAUUCAACGAUUGAAACGAGCCUUUGAAUCCAAUCCAUACGAAGCUGAACAUUUACUGAAGGAAAUUGAUAUAAACGCUAUUACGGGUCUACUCAAAAUGUACCUUCGAGAACUUCCAGAAGCUUUAUUUACUAAUAGUCUUUAUAAGAAAUUUUUCGACGCUUUCAGUCUAACCAAUAACGAAGAGAGGAGAAAACGUCUAACUGAACUUUUCAUUCUAUUACCUCCGGUCAAUCAGAAUACAAUCAAUUUCUUGAUCGAUCAUUUUGUAAAUGUCAACAAGUACGAAAAUCUGAAUAAGAUGUCACUGCACAAUUUAGCGACAGUUUUUGGACCGACAUUAAUCCGACCUGGAUCAGCAACUCAAGGGACCAAUAAUACUGAUACUUUCACCGCUGGGACGAUUGAUGUGAUGGCUCAAGCGGGAAUUUUAUAUUUCUUCCUGAAGAAACGAGUUACUGAAUUUGAUUCAGGAACAUUGUAAUUGUAGCCAAAUAGUAUUUAAUCAACACAAACAAAGACAAUUAGAUUUGAUUAGAUUAUCAAAUCGUACUACAAAUUCCUAUUCUUAAUAUUAAUAGACAAAAAAGACACAAACAAUCACCUAUUUUCACCUUUGCCAUUGACAAUUGAUUCUUGUAACAAUCAUGUUUCUUCAAUUGUUGUCAUAUUUUUAAUUCAAUCUUAAUCACCUUAAUUACGUUCCUUUGUUAUCCUUUUCUUUACUUUUUCCAUCAUCAUCAUUGUCAUCACUCCAAAGCUUUUUUGUGUCCAUCGAACUCCUAUUUUGUCAAUCACUUUUUGUAUUAGGAUAUUUUUGGAUAAACGAUCAUAAUUAAGGCAUGACAAUCGUUGCUCACGAAAUUCAUAUCAAAAUCUUUCAAAACUCAUAAAAAUUUUUGUCAAUCCAUUUGCGUACACAAUCAAUGGAAAUCAAAGUCUAAAUCAUCAUGAAAUUGUAACCAGAAUAAGUCAAGUGAUUAAAUUAUAUCAAAUAAAUGGAAUAAAUUUUUCUUUUUGCUAA